CUCCGAAUAUCAUGGGCUCUAAAUCCUCUAUUUAAGACACACACGCAUUUCUUUUCCUCUCAACACACAUCGCAAACACGCUGUUCCUACAAUCAUUCCAAAUGUGCCCUUCCGGUCGCACCCUCCUCCCUUCCUCCGUCUCCGAUUUCCGACCGGCAUUCGACGUCCUCGAUGCCGACCGCGACGGCAAAAUCAGCCGCGACGACCUCCGCGCCUUCUACGCCGGAGUCGGCGGCGGAGGAGAUGACGUGAUCGGGGCAAUGAUGACAGUGGCUGACACCAAUAAGGACGGGUUCGUGGAGUACGAGGAGUUCGAGCGCGUGGUCUCGGCGGAGAGAAAGCCCGUGGGGUACUGUGGGGCCAUGGAGGACGUGUUCAGGGUCAUGGACAAGGACGGCGACGGCAAGCUCAGCCACCAUGAUCUGAAGACUUACAUGGCCUGCGCUGGUUUUCCGGCCACCGACAACGACAUCAACGCCAUGAUCCGAUUCGGCGGCGGCGACCAAAACGGCGGCGUUACGUUCGAUGGUUUGCUUCGUAUAUUGGCGCUUGAUUGUUCCCCCGCUAAUUAAUUAAACCUCUCGGGUAUUGGCUGCGCGCGUUUCGUUACAUUAAUUAAACAAGUGUUGGGUUUUGUACUUUGUCCAAGUUUGAGAAAUUACAGUGAUUAAUUGAAUCCAAAACAAACCACCGGUGUAAUCAAAUACCACCCGUUCUUAUAUUCUUACGUUCACAAUUUCUUCUAUCUCA